AUGCGGCGAAAGAUCCUCGUUGCCGGCGCUACUGGAAAGCAAGGUCAUUCCUUAAUCCGAGCUCUACUCAAUCCUACAACGGCUGACUCCGAGAACCAAUAUCACAUAUAUGCACUUACUCGAAAGGCCUCCAGUCCGAGUGCCCAGCACAUCGCCGCAGAGAAUGAAGUAACAGUUGUUGAAGGUGACCUUGACAUUCCCGAAACAAUAACCAAGAUUUUCGAGCAAGCAAAACCUGAUGGGGGCAUCUGGGGUGUGUAUUCUGUGUUAGCUUUUCCUGGCCUUGGUGCUUCGGCUGAUGGUGAGGAGAGGCAAGGAAAGAUGCUUGCCGACAUUGCUCUCGAGUAUGGCGUCUCUGCCUACAUCUAUUCUUCAGCCAGAAGAGCCGGCCCCAAAUAUGAGAAUGAUCUCAAGCUUUCAGGCCUUGCGAAGGCACGUAUCGAGCAGCAUUGUAUGUCUUUAGGUGAGAAAGGUUUGCCAUGGACCAUCAUACGCCCAGUAAUCUUCAUGGAGAAUUUUGAUGGCUUUAUUGGGUCUAUUACAUUCUCUGUUUUGAAGACAGGUUUAAAACCGGACACAGAGGUUGCUCUUAUCUCUUCUGAAGACAUUGGCAAUGUUGCGGCUGGCGUUUUCAGAAAUCAUGAACAGUAUAUUCACAAGACACCCGUUCUCAGCUCUGAGUUCUCAACCAUAAGCCAGAUGGAAGAAUCCUACAAGCGCGCCAUGGGACGCUCGAUUCCAGCUGUGCCAAAAGUAUUUGCCUGGUUAAUCACCAAAGCUAACCGUGGAGCCCAAGACCUACUCAAAGACCUUGAACUCUCUCACACUGCCCGUAUGUCCGGCGACUACUCGGAGCUAGAUGAGGAAAUCAAGACUGCAAACUCAGCUUAUCCUAUGAAGACUUAUCAUGAUUGGCUAUUGCGAGAAAAAGAGCCGAAGGCGGCGAAUGGCGAAUGGAAUAAGGUAUCUAUCGGAAAGCUGUUGACGGGUCGUGUAUAA